GCACCGCUCCGCGCCGCCGCCGCCACCGCGCUCAGCAUCGCCCCGCACGGUGAGUGGGACCGGGACCGGCGCUGUCCCUGCACGUCCCUCUGCACUGGGACAGCGCCGUGCCCAUACACCCCUGUCCCGGGACUGGCAUCGCUCCCGAUGUCCCAUCCCUGAGCAUCUCUGUCCUCCAGCUCCCCUACCCCGGGAUCAGCACUAUCCGUGAGCAUCCCCAUUCCUGAGCAUCCCUGUCCCGGGACCGGCACUGUCCCUGCACAUCCCUCUCCACGGGGACAGCACCGUCCCCAUGCAUCCCUGUCUCAGGACAGGCACUGACCCCGAGCAUCCCCAUCCCAACCCCAUGGGUGCUCACCGUCCCCACUUGCCUUCCAGGCUCCCUGCAGAAUGGCUCCCGCUGGGCACUCUCCUUUGACAUGACGUCCCUGUCUGGAAGCCAGGAGGUGAGCCUGGCUGAGCUUCGCAUCCGCCCGCACGCUCUGUCCUUUUCCCUGUCCCACAACGUCACCGUGGACAUCUACCACAGCCCGCGGCCGCCGUGCCGGGGCACCAAAGACCUCUUCCUGGGCACCGUGGCUGGUGGCCCCUCAUCCCACCAGGCCGGCUGGGCAGUGUUCAACAUCACCAGCACGCUCAGAGCAUGGCUGCACCAGGACGCAGCUCCUGAUCCUGCAGCCGCCCUGGUCACUGUCCCACCGGACCCCCAGGAGACAGCAGUGCCCCAGGAGCUGGCAGACAGCGUCCUGCUGCUCGUCUUCUCCAAGGACAAAGCACCCGGACAGCACAGCCUCCUCAGGGCAGUGGAGAGCUCCAAGCACGUCAUGCGUGAUGGCGGUCCCAGGGAUGUCGGCACCCGCCGGCACCGCCGCACCAGGAAGGAGAGGCAGAGGCUCAGGGUGAGCGAUGCUCCCGCUGCCAGCCCGGUGGACGAGGCCAGGUCCCUGUGCAGGAGGGUGGACAUGAUGGUGGACUUUGAGCAGACGGGCUGGGGCAGCUGGAUUGUCUACCCCAAGAAGUACAACGCCUACCGCUGCGAGGGGCUGUGCCCAUCACCUGUAGAUGAGAGCUUCAAGCCCACCAAUCACGCGUACAUGCAGAGCCUGCUGCAGCUCUACAAGCCCAGCCAGGUGCCGUGCCCUGCCUGCUCGCCCAUCAGGAUGAGUCCCCUCUCCAUGCUGUACUAUGAGAAGGGUGAGAUCGUCGUCCGCCACCACGAGGAUAUGAUCAUCGAGGAGUGCGGCUGCAACUGAGGGGGCUCUGUACCCCCUGCACUGAGCCCACAGCUCCUUUGCAUCCCACGUGCCUGCAGGUCUGGCUGUGCUGGGACAGGAGUGGGGAUGCAGCAGGGAAUGUCCCCUGCGGUGGCAGUGCUGCAGGGCACAGACAGACCCAGGUGACGCAUGGGGAGGUCACUGGGCACUGCUCUGUAGGAGAAGCCUGAGCUCCCCGAGCUCCCUCCUGUCUGGCUAACGCUGUGCAGGGCUCUGUGUGCUGCACACCAUGAGCACCUCCUGGUGCUGGAGGAUCUCUGAGGGACACCUGCAGCACCAAUAUCCAUCCGCUCUCAGCAUCCAAAGAACUGAGAUUUGCAGCAUUCUUUGGGACUUUGGGCAUUUUCUUUGAUGUUUUCUAUUGUACUUCAAAUAAAAUUCUAUCAGAUUUGUAUUAAAAGUUUCCAGUAAAAGCCCAGGUGAGCUGGAAGCAGCAUAUCCGAGCCCCCCCCCCCCCCCCCCCCCCCCCCCCCGCCCUCCUGCCUGUCCCAGGGCUCCAUCCAUUGCUGCUCCCAUCUGCACUGGGCUCACACUUUCCCAGCCCCUCGCUGGAUCGGGUGGUGAGAGAAAGGGCUCUGUUUGUACAAUCCCUCAAUAAAUUAUGUAUUUAAGCAAUACCCGC